UGUCUCUCUCCUGUUAGUGCAAGAUCGCUGUGAGGGCGGGAAACACGCAGACAAACUCUCUCAGCAACUCUCUCUGUGCACCUUACAGACUGGACUUUGUUUCUGACCAUUCCACUGCUUGACUGACCACACAACCAGCGAUCCGUUGAUCCUGCCAGCGUUCGGACCGUGACCCUCGCCCCUCUGCAGUGAGAGAGUGGGAGCCUUGUGCUCCUCAGAGGCGGGGGCAGCCUCUGGGUCUGCCCUGGAAUUGUCGUUGUCGUUCUUUUUCACUGGAGGAGUGAUAUCGCAAUUUUUGCCCUGAGGCUCUGGAUUUAGUCCUCAGCAACAUUAAGGGUUCCCCCCCGAGACUUCCCCCACACUACUCUUACACACUGUUUGUCCAUUUAAAAAAAAAAAAAAAAAAAUGUUGGUUGAACUUUGCUGAACUCUGUUCGUGUUGUGGAUUUGGGAGUUCUUUUUGGACCGCCUGCUUUGGGUGAGCUCCUUGUAAGGGACUGCUAAAGGACAUUUCCUCAACAGGCUUGUGGAGCAAUGCAGGACUUCUGGAGAGAUAUAGUUAAUCAGCGCAACGUCCGGGCAGCCCAAUAUGCAGCAGGGAACGAUGAUGAGGCUGUGGUUGACCAGGGGAAAACCAACUCCACCAUCCACACAAACUUUGAGAAAGAGGAGCUGGAGAGUCACAGGGCGGUGUAUGUAGGCGUCCACUUCCCCCUGGGCAGACAGAGUCGGCGACGGCAUCGUCAUCGGGGCCACAAACACCACCGCAAACGGAGGGAGCGGGAAAGCGAACGGGAGGACGGACGCGAAUCGCCCACUUACGACACUCCCUCCCAGAGGGUGCAAUUUAUCCUGGGCACGGAGGACGACGAUGAGGAGCACAUCCCCCAUGACCUCUUCACUGAGCUGGACGAGCUGUCCUUCAGGGACGGCCACGCCUAUGAGUGGAAAGAGACCGCCAGGUGGCUGAAGUUUGAGGAGGACGUGGAGGAUGGUGGUGAGAGGUGGAGUAAGCCCUAUGUGGCCACCCUCUCCCUGCACAGCCUGUUUGAGCUGCGCUCCUGCAUCCUCAACGGCACCGUCAUGCUGGACAUGAGGGCCAACAGCAUCGACGACAUUGCAGACAUGGUGAUUGACAGCAUGGUGGCGUCGGGCCAGCUGGACGAGUCUCUGCGGGAGAAGGUGCGGGAGGCCAUGCUGAAGCGGCACCACCACCAGAGCGAGAAGAAGCUGAGCAACCGCAUCCCCCUGGUGCGCUCCUUCGCCGACAUAGGCAAGAAACACUCCGACCCCCACCUGCUUGAGCGCAAUGGACUGCUGGCGUCCCCACAGUCGGCCCCUGGGAGCCUGGAGAACAGCAAGCCCAGCGAGGGCCGCAUCAACGGAGCAGGGGGCAGCCGUGAGAACAGCACGGUGGACUUCAGCAAGGUGGACAUGCACUUCAUGAAGAAGAUCCCUCCUGGGGCCGAGGCCUCCAACGUGCUGGUGGGGGAGGUGGACUUCCUGGAGCGGCCCAUCAUCGCUUUCUUGCGGUUAUCCCCAGCCGUGCUGCUCACAGGCCUCACCGAGGUCCCAGUGCCCACCAGGUUCCUGUUUCUGCUGCUCGGUCCUUUUGGAAAAGGGCCCCAAUACCACGAGAUCGGCCGCUCCAUAGCCACCCUAAUGACUGAUGAGAUUUUCCAUGAUGUAGCUUAUAAAGCCAAAGAUCGUAAUGACCUCCUGUCGGGCAUCGAUGAGUUCCUGGACCAGGUGACUGUGCUGCCCCCAGGAGAGUGGGACCCCACUAUCCGCAUCGAGCCACCGAAGAGCGUCCCGUCUCAGGAGAAGAGGAAGAUGCCCUCCAUGCCCAACGGCUCCGCUCACACGUCGGACACUGUGAAAGAGGAGGAACACGAGGCUGGGCCGGAGCUCCAGAGAACAGGGAGGAUAUUCGGCGGGCUGGUGCGGGACGUGCGGCGGAAGGCUCCAUUCUACUGGAGCGACGUGCGUGACGCUCUGAGCCUGCAGUGCCUGGCCUCCAUCCUCUUCCUGUACUGCGCCUGCAUGUCGCCCGUCAUCACUUUCGGGGGCCUGCUGGGGGAGGCCACCAAGGGCAACAUUAGUGCCAUUGAGUCUCUGUUCGGAGCGUCCCUGACGGGAGUGGCCUACUCCCUAUUCGCUGGGCAGCCCCUCACCAUCCUGGGCAGCACUGGGCCUGUGCUCGUCUUUGAGAAAAUCCUCUUCAAAUUUUGCAGUGAUUAUGGUCUGUCCUACCUGCCAUUGCGUACAAGCAUCGGGCUCUGGACGGCCUUCCUGUGCCUGGUGCUGGUUGCCACGGACGCUAGCUCGCUGGUGUGCUACAUCACGCGCUUCACGGAGGAGGCCUUCGCCUCCCUCAUCUGCAUCAUCUUCAUCUACGAGGCCCUGGAGAAGCUGGUGCAGUUGGGCGAGAGCUACCCCGUCGACAUGCACAACAACCUGGACAACCUGACCUUCUACAGCUGUCAGUGUUCAGCGCCGUCCAACAUCACCCCUGAGAUCACUAACCUGCUGAAUCAGUCAGGCUUCACUCCUGACUCCAUCAGCUGGAGUGAGCUGAACAUGCCUAUGUGCACCAGGUUCCAAGGGGUGUUUGUGGGCCCAGCCUGCAGCCACGAGGGGCCCUACAUCCCCGACGUGCUCUUCUGGUCCAUCAUCCUCUUCUUCACCACCUUCUUCCUCUCCUCCUUUCUCAAGCAGUUCAAAACCAAGCGCUACUUCCCCACCAAGGUGCGCUCCACAAUCAGUGACUUUGCCAUCUUUCUGACCAUCAUGAUUAUGGUUCUGGUGGACUACCUUGUGGGAAUACCCUCUCCUAAACUCAAUGUCCCUGACACAUUUGAGCCCACCUCUAAGCACCGGGGCUGGCUGAUCUCACCGCUGGGCUCCAACCCCACGUGGACGUUGCUGGCGGCAGCUAUUCCGGCUCUGCUGUGCACCAUUCUCAUCUUCAUGGACCAGCAGAUCACUGCAGUCAUCAUCAACCGCAAGGAGCACAAGCUCAAGAAAGGCUGCGGGUACCACCUGGACCUGCUGAUCGUGGCGGUGAUGCUGGGCGUGUGCUCCAUCAUGGGGCUGCCGUGGUUCGUGGCGGCCACCGUGCUCUCCAUCUCCCACGUCAACAGCCUGAAGGUGGAGUCUGAGUGCUCUGCCCCCGGCGAGCAGCCCAAAUUCCUGGGCAUCCGCGAGCAGAGAUUCACUGGCCUCAUGAUCUUUGUCCUCAUGGGUCUCUCCGUCUUUAUGACCUCCGUGCUGAAGUUUAUUCCCAUGCCAGUCCUGUAUGGGGUAUUUCUUUACAUGGGGGUCUCAUCACUCAAGGGCAUUCAGUUAUUUGACCGUAUUAAGCUGUUUGGCAUGCCUGCCAAGCAUCAGCCGGACCUGAUCUACCUGCGCUACGUGCCGCUGUGGAAGGUGCACGUGUUCACCUUCGUGCAGCUCACCUGCCUGGUGCUGCUGUGGGUCAUCAAGGCCUCAGCCGCCGCUGUCGUCUUCCCCAUGAUGGUCCUGGCUCUGGUGUUUGUGCGGAAGCUGCUGGACUUCUGCUUCACCAACAGGGAGCUCAGCUGGUUGGACGAUUUGAUGCCCGAGAGUAAGAAGAAGAAGGAGGACGACAAGAAAAAGAAAGCCAAAGAGGAGGCGCGGCGGAUGCUGGAGGCAGAUCAUGAUAUUGAGCUGCCGUACGAGGGGGAGAACCUUCUCAAGAUCCCAGUCAAGGCCCUGAAAGUCAGUGCUGACCCGUCUGUGGUAAACAUUUCUGAUGAAAUGGCCAAAACCGCUGUGUGGAAAGCUGUUUCCAUGAACUCUGACAGUGGAAAAGUUCACAAACCUUGCACAAGCGAGGAGAAAGCUGCCAGCAUCCAGAUCAGCAUUGAGGAUGAGCAGGGGGACAAGUUUGUUGACAACGAGACAUCGUUAUGACAACUGGGCAGGGCGAGCAUUUUGACGGAGGGGCGAGUCUGUCUCGGAGGACUCGAGGAAGGUGGAGGAUGCCUGCUGCCCACAGAAGCCUCCUCACUCUCACUGGCAAACAGGAGGGCCGUGGCCGAGCCCGUGUCAGGCUGAUGCAUAGGAGACAUGUCCCAUACACACUGUAUGCGUUUGGCUUCAGACAUCUGUUUUAAAUGUUAGAAGCAAAGGGUUUUUUUUUUUAUUCUCCCCUUUUUUAUAAAACAACGAACCUAUUUAAUUUGUUAGGCAUUUUACAGAGAGCUCUUAGGCCAGACUAAGAGCUCAACUCUUCUGAAAGGAAUUUUUACCCAAGAAACCAAGGAACAUUGCAGGAUUUUUGUUUUAUAGGCUCAUUUAAGGAACAUUUGAGGUCUUAUAAUUGUGACAUUUUGAGAGCAUACAGCAUCAGCUCUAUAGAUUUCUCUACUGUGUGUGUGUGUGUGUGUGUGUGUGUGUGUGUGUGCGUGAAAGAGAGUCUAGGUCUAGGUAAACAUGAGGGGGGAGUGUAGUUACCAUCUAGCCCAGCUAGUUUGAUGUCUGUCUAGCUAGUCUCAGAUGCACAUAACAUUACUGUAGAGCUUUUGGAGAAACGAGGGGGGGGGUUAAUCUUGUAAGCAAUCAUUUAAUGCUUUUAUUCUCCCUCUCUUAGUUGUUGGUGUAAGCAGUUGCUUACCAAACUGUAAAAUAAUGAAAUUAAAUACGUAUUACAAUGUUUUUUUUUUUAUUCAGCCAAUUGUGCCGUAGGUUGUAUUUCACAGAUGUUUAGGAACAGGGAUAGAUCAGUUCUUAACAAGGCAAAUAUGUAGUAAACCAUAUUAUAAACCCUAAUCAGCUAAUGUACUACAGACAGCAAAGUGCUGUUUGAUGUGGUCUACAUACAAUGUGAUUUAUUUAGUGUUAAAGGAAAAUUAAUAAUUUUAUACCAUGACUUUAUUAUUGCUAUUGUCUUUUAAUUUAUUUUUAUGGUCAAGUUUGCAGUUGGAGGAGUUUGGGGGGUGGUGGAAGGGACUGGAGACACUGUUGGGGAUGUGUGAGGGCUGCAGGUGUGUUCCGCUCCCCUCACGUGUAACGCUGCACUUUACACAAGGUACGCGUGCAAGUUGGACAAACCACAUGUACCUUAUUUAAGAUAUCUACUUAGAGCAGUCUCAGGAAUCUAUGGGUUCUCCAUAAGAGCCCCUCUCUCUCUCUCCCCCCCCUUUCUCUGUCUAUCUCCCUCUCUCUUAUUCCCCUUAUUUCUCCUUACCUUGCCCUGUGUUCUGGCAGUGUAAUGUUUCUUUUAUACUGAUCAUUGUUCUUCCCCCUCCCUCCCCCUCGUCAGCCCCCCACCGCCCCACCCCACUUUACACUGGACAAGAAUGUGAUCGUUUGCUUUCUUAUUGUUUUUGCCGCAGGCCUCUUAUUUUCUACUCAGUGCUUAAUGUUUUAAGCUCGAACCAUUUCAUUUCCAAUAUAUAUUCCCACACUUCCAUAAUUCAAAUGCUUUCGUUACUUUCUUUGAGAAAGUUUAGAAUAGAAAGACUAUUUUUGUUUAUUAUUAUUUCUGUUUACUGCAUCCCAGUAGUGAUAAACUACUCAGUUCAACUAGUUCCGGUUUUAUUUCUCACACCCAGUGACCAUGUAUUCUGUUGCAAAUAUUCAAAGCUAUGUACACACAAAAAUGUUCUAAUCAUAAAAGAGAAAGAAAUAUACUGUCACAUGUAGAACUCUUAGUCUAAUUUUUAAUGCCCUUGUGUAGGUUUUUCUUUUUAAAUAUAUUUUUUACCCCUUUGAUUGAGAUUAAAGUAGUUGUUUGCUAUUUACUCAUAUCUAUGUCAUAGAAGUCUUCAGACCAUUUAUUGGACCCAGUUUGAAAGUUAUAUCUUUUAUCUUUUUUUUUUAUAUUCUCAAUCAAUCAUGUUUCUUUUUAGGUUGCUCCCAUGCUCAAAACUGCAUCAAAGCCUUUUUAUUUUCUGUUGGUACUUGUGCCUAUAAGGGAGUUUAGCGGGUACAGAAUUUGCCUGGAAAAAGGUCAUCAUGGCAUGAACUUGUGCUUUGUAUUACACUGUACCACUGUCUCCACGUUGCCCCAUUAAGAAGUGCUUGUAUAGUUUAUCAGCCCAGGUGAGCAAGCCUGGGCUUCAAUUCAUUAAUGACUGACAGGUGUCCCUUGUGCUAAGUAGUCAUGAGCAGUCGUGAAAUGUCUUGAUUUUGGUUAUCUGCACGGUUGCUCAGAAACGCCUUCAUAUUAUAUUAAUGGAGGGAUGAGCAAGAAGUGCUAUUUUUUGUAGCUGAUUUGUAAAUUAAAUGGUCAAAAAGGAAAAGCAAUAAAGAUGAUCACUUAAUAAAUGUCAA